ACCGCGUUUGUGAUGCGAGCAGGCGAGAGACGACAGCCAGGCAACACGCGAGGAUCGUUGCCUCUACAGAUAACUCGCCAGACCCUCCUCCUCUCCCCCGUGGCCUCCUCUCUCCCAAGAAUGCUGCGGCUGCUGCUGGGCGCGUCGCGGUCCGCACGUGUGCUUGUCUCGGCUCCAGUGCGGCAGAUGCAGAGUUCCAGCGCGGCCUCCACUCCGCCGAGCAGCAGCAGCAGCGUGCAGGACAGCGCCGAGACGGUGGUGAUCGGAGGCGGCUGCGUGGGAGUCAGCGUGGCCUAUCACCUGGCGCGUGCCGGGGCCAGCGGCGUCGUUCUGCUGGAGAAGUCAGAGCUCACGGCCGGCUCCACGUGGCACGCGGCAGGACUGACGACGUACUUCCACCCUGGCAUUAACCUGAAGAAGAUCCACCACUACAGCAUCAAGCUGUACGAGCAGCUCGAGAGGGAAACGGGACAGGCGGUGGGGUUCCACCAGCCCGGCAGCAUCCGCCUGGCCACCACUCCAGAGCGGGUCGACGAGUUCCACUACCAGAUGACGCGCGCGCGCUGGAACGUGACGCCCCAGAGCCUCAUCGGGCCCGACAAGAUCCAGGAGCUCUUUCCUCUCCUCAACAUGGACCAGGUCCUGGCGGGGAUCUACAACCCAGGUGACGGACACAUUGACCCCUACUCCCUCACCAUGGCGCUGGCUGCCGGCGCGAGGCAGCGCGGCGUCCGGAUCUCCCAGCCGGCGCCCGUCACCGGCCUCACGCCGACACCGCAAGGCCACUGGGACGUGCACACGCCGCACGGCACCAUACGGGCUCAAAGGGUCAUCAACUGCACAGGUUUCUGGGCCCGGGAGGUGGGCCGGCUGGUGGGCCUGGAGCACCCGCUGGUGCCGAUCCACCACCAGUACGUGGUGACGGCCACCAUCCCCGAGGUGGCCGCCCUCCCGCGUGAGCUGCCCGUCAUCCGUGAUCUGGAGGGCUCCUACUACCUGCGGCAGGAGCGCCAGGGGCUGCUCUUCGGCCCCUACGAGAGCGCCGAGCGCAUGAAGAUUCAGGAGGAGUGGCUCGAGAGUGGCGUGCCCAAAGACUUCGGCAAGGAGCUGUUCGAGUCGGACCUGGAGCGCAUCAUGCCCCACAUGGAGGCGGCCAUGCAGCGGGUGCCCGUGCUGCAGAAGGCAGAGAUCGUGAGCGUGGUGGCCGGGCCCAUCACUUACACACCCGACCUGCUGCCCAUGCUGGGGCCCCACGUGGGCCUCGCCAAUUACUGGGUCGCCGUGGGCUUCGGCUAUGGGAUCAUCCACGCGGGAGGCGUUGGCAAGUACCUGAGCGACUGGAUCAUGAAGGGGCAGCCCCCCUUCGACCUCAUCGAGCUGGACCCCAACCGCUUCGGCAAGUGGACCACGCCGGAGUACGCGCUCGCCAAGGCCAGGGAGUCAUACGGCGCCAAUAACAUCGUGGGCUACCCGAAGGAGGAGCGAGUCGCCGGGCGGCCCACCCAGCGGGUGAGCGGCGUCUACCACGCGCUGCUCCACAAGGGCGCCUCCAUGGGCUUCCACGCCGGCUGGGAGCAGCCGCACUGGUUCGCGCCGCCCGGCCAGCGGGCCGAGUACAGGCCGAGCUUCCGUCGCACAAACUGGUUCGAGGCGGUGGGUCGCGAGUGUCGCCUCGUGAUGGAGGCGGUGGGGGUCAUCGACCUGACCCCGUUCGGGAAGUUCCUCCUCUCGGGGAAGGACGCCACUCGCCUCGCCGACCGCCUCUUCGCCAACGCCCUGCCCAAAGAGGGCCAUACGAACAUCAGUCACCUGGUGACUCCGGACGGCCGCGUGUACGGGGAGCUCACCCUCAACCACGUGGGCCCCCAGCAGAUGCUGCUCGUCACAGGCUCCGGCUCCGAGCUGCACGACCUCCGCUGGAUAGAGGAGCACGCGGCGGCGGGGGGCUUCGAGGUGAGCGUGCGGAACGUGACGGACGACAUGGGCGUGCUGGGCGUGGCGGGGCCGUUGUCGCGCCGCGUGCUCGCGCGCCUCACCGACGCCGCCCUCGACGACGACGCCUUCCGCUUCUUGCGCUGCCGUGCCGUGCACGUGGCGGGCCGCGCCGUCACCGCCGUGCGCAUCUCCUACACCGGCGAGCUCGGCUGGGAGCUGUACCACCAGCGCGAGGACACGGGCGCCCUCUACUCCGCGCUCAUGGAGGCCGGCCGGGAGUUUGGCAUCGGGGAUUUCGGGGCGUACGCCAUGAACUCUCUGCGCAUGGAGAAAGCGUUCCGCGCCUGGGGAGCUGAGAUGAACUGUGAUACAAACCCAUUUGAAGCAGGCCUUCAGCCCUUCAUUAAAGUGAACAAGGAUGCGGAUUUCAUCGGCAAGGAAGCCCUGCAGAGGAUCAAGAGGGAAGGGCUGACACGGCAUCUGGUGUAUCUCACCCUGGACACCGAUGACGUCGAUCCGGAGGGGAAUGAGAGUGUGUGGUGCAAUGGCAAGGUCGUGGGCAACACAACGUCCGGGGCCUACAGCUACACGGCGGGGCACAGCGUGGCGUUUGCAUACGUUCCUGUGGAGCUGAGCUUGGUGGGGCAGCACGUGGAGGUGGAGCUCCUGGGCAAGAACUACCCGGCGACGGUGGCCAAGGAGCCCCUGGUGCUCACCCAGCCCACUCGUCAACGCAUGCAGCCGCCUGCCAACGCAGCCUGACAGUGCCGCCCACGCCCGGGCAAAGACGUUUCCAUCUGAAACUAUUAGUGUCAAGAAAUGUCUUCUCUUAAAUUAACUUCUAUGAGCCUCUCUAUCCGUACUUGGUACACAUCAAGUAUUUGAUGUCAAUAUAUUUUUUGUAUUAUCUAAGCUGGAAUAAGCUGAUUGAAUUAAGUAAAAAAAUACAUCUGAUUUUGUCAUUGUUUUGUGCAGCACAGAUAAGUAAUACCACAACUAGCCAGACUUUAGAACCGAAGUGAGUAAUUGGUGGCUGGAAGCUGGGUUUGAAUCCAGAAUCUCAGCAAUGCCAACUCAGUGCUGUGACCCAGGAGCCACCCGACCACAGCUCUCACGUCCCCCUGGGAACGCGAUACGGACCGAUUACUCGGCUAAUAUAACACAAAGACAGCAUGAAAGUCAUUGAGAAGGAGAGAUAUGUCCUUGAAUGAGAAACACGUCAAAAAUCUGCCACGAAGGUGCCUGUUGGGAUGGCAAACUGACGUUACAAAGAUCCUCUCUGAGCCUGCUUAACUAAAGCACACUCAGAGAGGGUCUUUGUCAAUGCAUUUCUAGGCGGGUUUGCAGUGCAGUUGAAACGACAGCUAAAAUAUUCAACCGAUUUGGUGACGCUGCAUCGGCAGUGUAUUCCACAAGCACGAUAAACAACGCGACACCGUCGUCAAUAACUCUGUGACCUUAAAAGGAAAACUAUUUAAUAGACGACAUUUAAGGUCAAUCUUCAUAAAACACGGAUGUAUAAGAGACAUAUCAAGAAACUUGCGGAUGUUUACAGCAUGUUAACAUUUGCAGUAACAAACUAACCAAAUGAAAGAGCAUGUUUUGGAAGCUCAAAUAAAAUGUGAAUCUUCAAGUAAUAAUG